AUGAGUAAUCAACAUACACCUGUCAAGGUGCAACCAGAAUUAGAAGCAUUAAAGGUUCUAGAACAACAGAAUAUUGGUGAUGGUAAGAAUGCCAAUAUGUAUCCAGUUUAUGCGUUUUUGCCAUCAUUGGAUUUGACUCCACAUGUUGCUUAUUUGAAAUUGGCUAAAUUGAACGAAAUUAAUAGAAAGGAGUCUUUCUUGUUGGAAAGUGCAAAGACUUCCUCUGAAUUAGAUAGAUACUCGUUUAUUGGUAUUGCACCACGUAAAAUCAUUAAAACUGGUCCAACUGAAUCCAUUGAGGUGGAUCCAUUGAACAUCCUAGAACAAGAAGUGUCUCAUCAUGUCUUGGCAGAAAAUAUUCCAGGUUUACCUCCUUUAAGCGGAGGUGCUGUUGGUUAUAUAUCUUAUGAUUGUGUUCGUUAUUUUGAACCUAAGACCGCAAGACCUUUAAAGGAUGUUUUAAAAGUUCCAGAAGCCUAUUUGAUGCUUUGUGAUACUAUCAUUGCCUUUGACCAUGUUUUCCAAAGAUUCCAAAUUAUUCACAAUAUCAACAUAUCACAAACUACUUUAAGUGAAGGUUAUUCUCUUGCGACAAACGUCAUCGAAAAUAUCAUCAAUAUAUUAAGAGAUGAUUCCUCUCCAAUCCCAUACCCAAAACAAGGGCCAAUUAAGUUGAAUCAAGAUUUCGAAUCAAAUGUAGGUAAGGAAGGUUAUGAAAACCAUGUUACACUUUUAAAGAAACAUAUUAAGAUGGGUGAUAUCAUCCAAGCAGUCCCAUCACAGCGUGUUGCUAGACCAACUUCCUUACAUCCUUUCAAUAUUUACAGACAUUUGAGAACUGUGAAUCCAUCUCCAUAUUUAUUUUACAUUGAUUGUUUGGAUUUCCAAAUUAUUGGUGCUUCUCCAGAAUUACUAUGUAAAAGUGAUAACAAAAAUAAGGUCAUAACUCAUCCAAUUGCUGGUACCGUGAAAAGAGGUAAGACUUCUGAAGAAGACGAUAUUCUAGCUGACCAACUACUUGGUUCAUUAAAAGAUCGUGCUGAACACGUCAUGUUGGUUGAUCUUGCAAGAAACGAUAUCAAUCGUAUUUGUGACCCAAAAACAACAAGUGUUGAUAAAUUAUUAACAGUACAAAGGUUUUCGCAUGUCCAACAUUUAGUAUCUCAAGUAAGUGGUACUUUAAGACCAGAUAAAACUAGAUUUGAUGCAUUCAGAUCUAUUUUCCCGGCCGGCACAGUAAGUGGCGCUCCAAAAGUCAAGGCUAUGGAAUUGGUCGCAGAAUUAGAAGGUGAGAGAAGGGGGAUUUAUGCCGGUGCUGUAGGUAAUUGGUCAUAUGACGGUAAAACCAUGGAUACCUGUAUUGCAUUGAGAACCAUGGUCUAUAAAAACAAUGUUGCAUAUCUCCAAGCAGGUGGCGGUAUUGUUUUUGACUCUGACGAAUAUGAUGAAUAUGUCGAAACUAUGAAUAAAAUGAUGGCCAAUCACAACACUAUUGUUCAAGCUGAAGAAAUUUGGGCUGAAAAAGUUGGCUCACUUUAA